AUGAAUUUCCCAAUCUCCACGAUCAGGAUUGGCGGAUGGGUCGUCGUUGCCAAAAACCCUGAUGACAUUGUGGCCAAAUUCUAUUUUGCAAAGAAGAAACUUAUAUGGGAGUUUCUCUUCGGAGAACCAGAGACUAACACGCUGAGGCUGAAACGUAAGAUCGAGAUUCAAUGGAAUGAUGUCUCAUCUUUUGAAGAGAGUAUUAGUUCACGUGAUGAAACUGGAAUCCUCAAAAUCGAGUUGAAAAAACGUCCAACAUUCUUCAUAGAGACUAAUCCACAGGCAGGAAAACACACUCAAUGGAAACAAUUGGAUCACGAUUUCACCGGAGAUCAUGCUUCUAAUUACAGGAGACAUACACUUCAUUUUCCUCCCGGAGUUCUGCAAAAGAACUUGGAGAAGCUUGUAACCGACAGCUUCUGGUCCAAACUCUAUGAAGUCCCUUUCCCGGUACAUGAAUCUCGUUACUUCGAUAGUGGCUUUGAAAACAACUCAUCUCGCAACAGCCACAGCCACACAGUUGGCUUUAACGUCAACAAUGGCCCUCAACAUCACUUUUCUCAAGGAAUUGGUGGCGUGGGAGUGGGAGAAGGAAACUUUAGCAUGGCUAACGGUGGAUGGCAAAGAAACUCAUAUAGUCCAGUCAAUAGUCUGAAUUAUAACACUGCUAAUGAGUUCUUUGGAAUGCAAGCUACCCCACCAUCGUCUCAAGUGGUUAACGAGCAUUAUAACACGCAAAACGAUUUCACCGGUUCACAGUUUGGUUAUCACAUGAACCAAGACGAGAUCCAGAAGAUACUUGAGAGUCAAGCAUAUGCAGUACCUGAUACACAAACUAAAUUGAUGUCUUCAGCCAUGAACAAUGUCCCAAAGUAUCCUCAGGCUGGAUCGUGUCUAGAAAGCAUGUUGUUCUGGUAUGAACAUAGAAGAAGAUUUCAGCAGUAGACAUAAUUAGGGUUUUGUUGAGAUAUGGAUCAAUGAUGAUGGUUCUCUUGAGUCUUGUAAAUAAAGUGCAGAAAUCGCAACUUUAAUUACAAGUCUG